AGCGAGGAUGAUGCGGAGGACGUGAUGAACGAGGUGGCAGCAUUGGAAACGGUGCGAGGGCAUCCCCACAUCGUGCAGCUUGUGGAGACAAUAGAGGAUGAACAGGCCAUCUACCUCAUCCUCAAUCUCUGUGAGGGCGGCACACUGCAGCAGGCUGUUCGGAACGAGGGACCGCUGACCGAGCGGCGGGAGGCGGCGGUUUGUCAGGGAGUGGCGGCGGCGCUGCAGUGGUGCCACGGGAGUGGGGUGAUGCACGGGGAUGUGGAGCCGAACAGCAUCCUCCUAGUCAGGCGGGGGGAUGAUUCUUAUGUCACGAUUGCUGACUUUGGCAUCUCGCUCUUCUUCCAGGAAGGCACUUCCUGCAGGGAGACAGUGGGUGCGGCAGCCUUCAGAGCACCGGAGAUGCUGCAGCACUCCUACUCCCACACGGUCGACGUCUGGUCCCUCACCUGUGUGCUCUUCUUCCUCGUCGCGGGGGUCGAACCCUUCCGAGGCGCCACCAAGGGGGAGACGUUCGAGCGAAUCAUGGAGUGCCACGUGGACAGGGCCAUGCGGUUACCGCCGUGGCCAAGAGUGUCUCCCGGGGCGAAGGACCUGGUGCGGUGGCUGUUAACGAGGGACCCCCGUGAUAGAAUCACCCUUGAGGAGGUUUUAU